AUGCAGUGGAAGGCCCUCGCCGCCGCGGCGCUCCUCGCCGGGCGCGUGCUAGCGCAGUACGAGAUGAUGCGCUUCAGCUGUUCGCAGCUGGUCCUCGACCGCGUCGACCCGCUGGUCAACCCAGGCCUGGUCCCAUCGCCGCACCUGCACCAGAUCGUCGGGGGCAACUCGUUCAACGCGUCCAUGGACCCGGCGACGCACGACCUGGCGGCGGCCUCGUCGUGCACCAGCUGCACGUUCGCCGAAGACUUCUCCAACUACUGGACGGCCGUGCUCUACUUCGGCGCGCGCAACGGCACCUUCCGCCGCGUACCGCAGGCCGUCAGCCAGGGCCUGCGCGCCGUCGGCGGCAUCACCGUCUACUACAUCCCGCCCUACGACGGCGUGUCCAACGUCACCGCCUUCAAGCCCGGCUUCCGCAUGCUGGCCGGCGACGCCGCCCUGCGCGCGCCCGCCGCCCGCCCCGACCCAAAGGUCUGCCACCGCUGCCUACCCGCCACGGGCGACAACUCCAAUGUCGAGUGCUCGGCGCCUGACUCCGCGAGCCUGCCGACGCGUGUCUGCCCGGGUGGCAUUAGGUCGGUCAUCACGUUCCCGACCUGCUGGGACGGCAGGAAUGUCGAUAGCCCCGACCACCAGAGCCACGUGGCUUAUCCGGCCUCUGGCACCUUCGACAACGGCGGCCCGUGCCCGGCGACGCACCCCGUGGCUAUUCCGCAGGUCAUGUAUGAGGUGGUGUGGGACACGCGGCCGUUCAACGACAAAGACCUCUGGCCCGAGGACGGCUCGCAGCCGUUUGUGUGGAGCACCGGCGACCACAACGGCUACUCGCAGCACGGCGACUACGUGUUCGGGUGGAAGGGCGACUCGCUGCAGCGCGCCCUCAACGCCCGCUGCACCGGCGCCGUCUGCACCGAGCUCAAGACGCAGUCCUCCGAGGAGGCUAUGAAAUGCACCAAGGCGCCCGCCUUUCGAGAGCCCGUUGACGGCUGGCUGACGAGCAUCCCCGGCGUUGCCAUGUUUGACUGA